AUGACAGUAGUGAAAGAUCACUCACAGCCAGUCAGCAAUGGCCCCUCACCAGACAGCCAAAGCCACACCCAAGCCCCUCUUGCCGUCAUUGGAAUGUCAUGUCGACUUCCAGGCAAGAGCAACUCUCCCUCCAGUCUCUGGGAAUUCCUCGAGCGUGGCGGAAUAGCCAGCAACACCACACCUCCCUCGCGCUUCAAUCUCGAUACCCAUUACGUGGGCUCACCUAAACCCAACACAAUGCGUUCUCCCGGGGGGAUGUAUCUUGAAAACAUCGAUCCACAGGAAUUCGAUGCGCCGUUCUUUAACAUCUCGAGAGAGGAUGCAAUUGCAAUGGAUCCGCAGCAGAGGCAACUACUGGAAGUUGUAUAUGAGGGACUGGAAAAUGCAGGGAUUACACUGGAGUCAUUGGACGGAGCUGCUGUUGCUUGCUUUGUUGCCUCCUUUACUUGUGAUUUUGGGGAUAUGCUUGGUCGGGAUCCCGAGGAUCGACCACCGGGGACCCUGGUGGGUCUUGGUCGUGCUAUCUUAAGCAACAGGAUUAGUCAUUUCCUUAACAUCAAGGGCCCAAGUGUUACACUAGAUACCGCAUGCUCAGGAACCCUUCAAGGAAUUGACAUUGCUAGUCGCUAUCUUCAGACUCGGGAAGUUACUACCGCAAUCGUUGCCGGAGCGAAUCUUUUUCUCAGCCCUGAACAUAAUAUGGAUAUCGGAAAUAUGAAGACGGCGCACUCUCUUACAGGAAAGUGCCACACGUUCGAUAAAAAAGCAGAUGGCUAUGCCAAAGCCGAAGCAGUCAACGCUGUAAUCAUAAAACGCCUCGACGAUGCCAUCCGUGAUGGUGACCCAAUACGAGCAGUGAUUCGUGGAACCGCGACAACUAGUGACGGAAGGACUCCUGGGAUUGCGAGUCCUAGCUCCGAGGCUCAGGCAAGGGCAAUCCAGUCGGCAUACGCAAAUGCAGGUAUUUCGGAUUACAGCAUAACCAGCUAUCUUGAGUGUCAUGGGACAGGUACUCAAGCAGGUGAUCCUAUUGAGCUUAAUGGAGCAGCAUCCGUAUUCGCAGCCACAAGACCUAAAGACGACCCACUGAGAAUUGGAUCGAUCAAGAGUAACAUUGGGCAUUCAGAACCUUCUGCUGGGAUUUCAGGACUGCUGAAGACGAUCCUUGCUCUUGAGAAAGGAAUAAUACCAGGAAACCCCACCUUCGAUCAUCCAAACCCCAAAAUUGACUUCGAAACUCUGCGAGUACGUCCCUCAAAGGCAACUGUCCCAUGGCCCGACGUUCCAUAUCGGCGAGCAAGUGUAAACAGCUUCGGUUUCGGAGGCUCCAACGCACAUAUAGUCGUGGAUGAAACUGCGAGUUAUCUAGGUCGGGAACCUGAUGCGCAUUGCUCUUCCUAUCUUUCCGGAGAAGACAAUCUCUUUGCAGAAGACGACACUGUAUCUCGGCCUGUGACUCUUGUCUUUUCCGCCAAUGAUGACAAGUCUUUGAAAUCUUACGUGAAAGCUCUGAGUGAUCACCUCAUCAAUCCGAAUGUUCAGAUCAAGCUACCCGAUCUGGCAUACACGCUAUCGCACCGGCGAACGCGCCACUUUCACAGAGCAUAUCUAGUUACACAAGACCCUACCAAUAUCGAUCAAGGCAAGCUUGUUCUUGGGAAGAAAGGGCUUGGUGUCCCUAAGAUUGGCUUUGUUUUCACUGGCCAAGGAGCACAAUGGCCGAGGAUGGGUAAAUCCUUGCUUGAUACGUUCCCGUCCACCAGGAUUUUACUCAAGAAGUUGGAUGAUGUGCUUCAAAGUCUACCUGAACCCCCUUCCUGGUCGCUUUUAGGUGAGCUUACCGAACCGCGGAAACCACAGCACCUUCGACAACCGGAGUUCUCACAGCCCAUCGUCACCGCUCUACAACUCGUCAUACUCGAGAUCCUUGAUAACUGGGGUAUUAAACCCGAAGCUGUUGUUGGACACUCGUCCGGUGAGAUUGCGGCUGCGUGUGCUGCAGGUUACUUGACGCAAGAACAAGCUAUCAAGAUUGCGUUUUACCGGGGACGUGCUGUGGUGCUUGACGGAUCCAAAGCGUCGUUAGGUAUGCUUGCGGUGGGGUUAGGUCCUGAAAAAGUGCAAGAGUACAUCGGAGACCUCUACUUGUUGGUGCAAAUCGGAUGCUUCAACAGCCCCAACAGCGUGACACUUUCCGGCGAUUCUGCUGCGCUAGAGACAGUAAGAGAACGGAUCGACAAAGACAAGCACUUUGCACGACUCCUCCAGGUCGACGUAGCCUAUCAUUCCAAGUUCAUGGAAAACAUAGCAGCAUGCUACAAGGAGCUACUCCUUCAGAAUUGCGACAUUGCGGCUGAUGCUCAUGCGAUUGAUACGGUUACAAUGUAUUCUUCUGUCAUAGGGCGCCAGCUGGAUUACGCCUGUGAUGCUGCGUAUUGGAUGACUAACAUGGAAUCCCCGGUCCGCUUCGACCAGGCAGUUCAAGCAAUGCUGUCCGCUCCUGCAGGAGCGCCUGAUUUCUUGAUUGAAAUUGGGCCGAGCGGUGCACUCGCCGGUCCGAUCUCACAGAUUACUGCGCUUAAAGGUUCUUCAGUUCAAUACUGCGCAGCCUUGACAAGAGGUAAAGACUCAAUAGAAGCUCUUUUUGCUGUGGCAGGACGGCUCUUCAUUUCUGGAGGAAAUGUGGACUUGGCCAAGGUUAAUGCGGAUGAAAGAGACCUUUCUGGCAGACAACCACGUCUUAUCGUCGACCUUCCGAAUUAUGUUUGGAACCACUCUACCAAGUACUGGCACGAGAGUGAGGCUAGCAAAGAUUGGCGUUUCCGAAAGUUCCCUCACCACGAUCUUCUUGGAGGCAAAGUGCUCGGGACUUCUUGGGAACUCCCAUCCUUCAACAAGACUUUGCGGAUGAAAGAUCAACCAUGGUUGCGAGACCAUGGGAUGGGUCCUGAUAUCAUUUUCCCGGCCGCUGGUUUCAUCUCAAUGGCCAUAGAAGCCAUGUAUCAGAGCCACAAUGCCCUGAAACCAGACACUGAUGUAUCUUCAGUGGACCAGCUAAGUUACCGGCUGCGGAAUGUGAGGUUCGACAAAGCCUUAGUCCUAGAAGAAGAGAAUGAUGCAAAAGUUACACUUCAUCUUUCUCCUCAUCCCGGGCCAAAAGAGACAUGGUAUGAUUUCAGGGUCGUAUCGUUGAAUGAAGGCUCAUGGACCGAGCAUUCUUCCGGAUUGAUUCGUCUAGAAAAGCUCUCAAAUGAAGUCGUAUCUAAAGAUGAACUUGCACCGUUGAAGUAUGCUAAGCCCGGCUCGGAAUGGUACAAAGCAUUCAAUACCAUUGGUUACGGAUAUGGACCCGAAUUUCAGAAGCUACUUUCUGUUGAGGCAGUUGUAGGUAGUCUGACGACUCGUAACCACAUUUCUUUGACAGAGCCGGCAUCAAUUUUGACCCAAUCUCGAUACCCUAUGCAUCCAUGCACGCUGGAUGCAUGCAUUCAAGCUUUUAUUCCUUCGGUGUGGCGCGGAGAUAGAUGCGCGCCUGAUACCGUUCUGCUACCAGCCAUUAUUGAUGACCUGGUUAUCACCAACACAGCAAAAACAUCUGAUAUCGGUAUUGCAAUCGCGACUUCGAAGUAUUCGGGAAGAGGCCGAAAAGACGACAAGAGAAAUUGGUAUACCGAUAUUUCAAUGUACGACCCAGAAACAGGCAACAUGAUGCUCAAAAUCGAUGCUCUUCGAUACCACAAGCUUCCUACUGGCACAGACGUUGGCGCGGAGCACACUAUUACCAGGUCCAUGUGGAACCCCGACAUUGAUUUCCUGUCCGCAGAACAGCUUGCGAAUCUUGCAGUAGACAAAUCGGGAUCCACUGUGCAACGUAUUAUCGAUCUGAUAGCGCACAAGAAGCCAGCAUUAAAGGUUUUGGAAGUUGACUUGGGAUCGACCGAUACUUCCAGCAUUUGGUUUGCGGAAGUCAAUGAAGAGUCAAGGCCCACAAGGGCAUUAUACAGUACUUUCAACUUCUUGACAGCGGAUGCAAACAGCUUCGUCGCCGUGCAUGAGGAUUUGAGCCGACAUCGGGAUUCUACAACCACUUUAGUCGACGUGACCGCAGUAGGUUUUACAUUCGAGGAAUCGGAGUUCGACUUAGUCAUUCUCAAGGGCGACAAGUUGAAUCAAAGACUCCUGAAGUCUGUUCUCCAAAAUGUGCGUGGCAUACUAUCAGAUGGAGGCUACGCCAUCUUGGCCGAAAACUCUUCCAUUAUUACCGACUCCGGAUCUGGGUCGGAAGAAGAUGUUGUUGUAGUAAACAGCGAAAACAUUUUGAAUGCCGACCAAAUCGCAGCCAUUGCCACUGGGAACGACUUCUACCGCACCGCCACUGUUUCUUGCGAGUCCUGUACAUCUGUAAAUAUUUUUGUUGCCAAGCCAAAGAUAACAGUGCUCCCAAAGACUCGAGAACUCGUUAUUGCCAAUAUGACCGAUCGAAAGCCCACAACAGAGAUGACGACCGCACUGGAGGUUGCUGGAUGGACUAUUCUGGAGUCCUAUCAACCACUGGAGGAUAUCAAGCCAAAGAGUACAGUCCUCAUUCAAGACGAGCUUUUCAACCCGGUUCUGAAGUCUGUGUCGAGCGCUCAAUGGGACUCUGUCAAGUACCUUGUGUCCCAGGGCUGUAAAAUCCUCUGGCUUACCCAAGGUUCCCAGAUGAACGUUACAACGCCAGAUAAUGCCCUAAUCCAUGGCAUGUUCCGGACAGUUCGACAAGAAGAUACAAGCCUGCGUCUCAUGACUCUAGAUGUGCAUAAAAGUACCGGCCCGGCUACGAUACCAGCUGUAGUGAAGGUCUUGGAGAUCAUCGCUGGAACUCUGCCCAAGACUUUCGUGGACAAUGAAUUUGUCGAACGCAACGGUGUUGUAUUCGUGAAUAGGAUAGUUCCUGACAAGCUGGUCAAUCAAUUCAAGGACGAUGAAGGUGGCCGCGGGGCACAGCCGGUUGUCAAAUCUCUCCAUGAUGUACAAGGAAUUGCAAAUUUGAGGGCUGAACGCCUCGGUAGUCUCGACGCUCUUCAAUACACAGAAGCCCCACUCACGUCAGUGGAAGAUGAGCACGUAGAGAUCGAAAUGAUUGCUGCUGGACUGAAUUCCAAAGACAUUACCACAACGCAAGGAAACACUCCCGGGAACGAGCAUCUGUUGGGCAUGGAAGGAGCAGGAACCGUCACAAGGGUGGGUAAGGCCGUCAAGACUUUCAAAGUUGGUGACCGUGUCGCCGUGGUAGCACAAGCAACCUUUGCCAAUCGAGUGCAAUGCCCGGUUCAAUACGUUCACCACAUCCCAAAUUCGUUGUCAUUCGAAGAGGCCGCGACUGUACCAAUCGCCUACCUUACCUCAAUGUACUGCCUUCUCAACGUUGGAAAUCUCCAGAAAGGCCAGUCUAUCCUCAUCCAUGCCGCUGCAGGUGGUGUUGGCAUCGCAUGCAUCUACCUUGCAAAGUAUAUAGGUGCUGAGAUUUAUGUCACCGUGGGAAGUGACGAGAAGCGCAGCUUUUUGAAGGAGACAUUUGGCCUUCACGACGAUCGAAUAUUCUCUUCCAGAACAACAGAUUUUGCUCGGAAAAUCAAAGCAAGCAUGCAAAAUAAGGGAAUCGACCUCAUUAUCAAUUCUCUCACUGGAGAAUUGUUGGAUGAAUCAUGGCGUAUAUGCGCAGACAGUGGAACCAUGGUGGAGAUAGGCAACAAGGACAUUCUCGACCGUCAAUAUCUAUCGAUGGAGCCCUUUGACCGAAACUGUUCGUACAGGUCGGUAGCGAUUCAAAAACUCUCUCCAUCCACUGUGACUAGCUUGUUGAGUCGAUGCUUUGACUUGCUCUCGGGAGGCCACAUCAAGCCAAUCAACCCAGUCACACGUUUUGGGUUUGAUCGUAUCCCGGAAGCGUUUGCCCACAUGCGCGAUGGUCGUCAUAUUGGAAAGGUAGUAAUCACCGAUGGCGAGAAGGGAAUGACCACAACGGUACCUAUCCGUCCGGCGAUGCAUGAGAUUUCGCUUCAGUCAAAUGUCUCCUACUUGAUCGUCGGUGGACUUAAGGGCAUCUGCGGAAGUCUGGCUGUCUAUAUGGCUGCGCAUGGCGCGAAGUAUAUAAUUGCCAUGACUCGGAGUGGUAUUUCCGACGAAAGGUCGCAAGCAAUAGUCAGAGAUUGUAAUGCGCUUGGGUGCGAGGUUCAAGAGGCAAAAGCCGACGUAACCAACACGGAGGAUGUUGAGAGCGCUUUCAAAGCAGCAACGCAUCCCGUGGGAGGAAUUAUACAAGGAGCAGUGAUACUCAGAGACAAACCAUUCGAGUCGAUGACAUUGGAGGAUUAUAACACUGCGGCCUCAGCAAAAGUGCAAGGAACCUGGAAUCUCCACAGAUCCAGUCUCGCACACAAAUCUCACAUGUCAUUCUUCACCCUUCUCUCUAGCAUGUCUGGAAUCGUCGGACAAAAGGCGCAAGCCAACUAUUCUGCAGCCAACGUAUUCAUGGAUUCUUUUGCGAGCUACCGCCACUCUGAGGGUCUUCCAGCCCACGCGCUUGACCUGGGCAUCAUUGAAGAAGUCGGCUUUGCAGCCAGGGAAGGGGGGAUACAAGAGCGGAUGGACAACAGGAUCUGGCUAGGUGUCAAUGAGAGUAUGGUCCGCCGCAUGUUCAAAUAUUCAGUCCUCCAGCAAACACAGCCAAUCAACCCUGAAAGCGCAACGCAGCUCAUCAUAGGUAUCGCAUUGCCACAGCAAAAAGGCUCGGAUCUCGAGAGCGAUGCCAGGUUCAGCGCCUUGUUCUCGAAUCACAAUUCUGGUGAUCAGCAUGCAGGUUCUAAAGCCGGAGACGAGGAUGCCAAAGCCGUUCAGACAUUCCUGCUGCUACAUCGGAAUCAAGCAGACAAAUCGUCCCUUGUGGCAGCGGGAUUAGAAGUGCUAAGCAUGCAGUUUACGAAGACGUUGCGACUGACCGAGGCCAUGGAGCCGGCGAAGAGUUUGAGCGCCUACGGGGUGGAUAGUCUGAGCGCGGUCGAGGUGAGAAAUUGGGUGCGCGUUCAAUUGGGUGUAGAAUUGACGACACUGGAUAUCACAAACGCGAGUAGUUUGUUUGGGUUGUGUGAGAAGAUGAUCGCAAAGAUGCCUGCAGUCGGAGAAUAA